AUUUUAUGCUAAACCAGCCUUAUUCUUUAAAGUUUUAUUACUCAUCAGUGUCAGUACCAGCCUUGGGAUCCCCACAAGCUUUGCUGUGUGCCUCCCAGAAAAACUCUGGAUCGCUGAUGGGAGGAGAGCAGCUCCAAAACACCCUUGUCACCCACUGUGGAAGAGAUCCCUCGCCCUCCAUGUGGAGGGAGCAGAGCAAAUACCAGCCUGGUCCAUCCCAGCUGCACCUUCCCCCUCUGUUGGCCAGUGCUGGGGUGGGACUGAUGGGCCCGUGACCUCUGGAGAUGUGGUGAUGAUUCAGGAGCUGCUCCAAAGAGCUCUGCUUUGUUGCACCUUGGGCACCAUCCACUGUCCUGCUCAUAAACAUUAUGGCACAGGAUCCAUGGGAAUGGAGCUGUCCUGCUGCCUGCUGGAAGAUUUGGCUCCUGGAUUUGCUCCAUCACCAGUGUUGGACCAUGGGAGUGAGGGCACCGGCUGCCGACAGCUCUUCAAGGACUUGGGAUGGGAUCCAUGGUUCCUCUUGGCCUCCAAGGCUGCAGAGAGCCACUUCUGUUUUCCACUGGACCUACAAAAAGGCUGUGGGAUGUUGCCUGCCAGUCCAGCCAAGGACAAGGAGCGAUUUGCUUUGGGGUUGAGUCCGGGUCAGUUGGCUCUGGAUGAAGUUCCUGCCUCAGCUGUGAAUGGCGAGGACUUGGCAUGGCCUGUGUUCCCCUGUGCUGCUGGGAAAUGGGCUCUUCCCCUUUCUUGCAUGUUGUACAAGCUUUGCUGGUACACUGACAAAAGGAAAUGAAGAAACCACUCAUCUCCAGCAGCUGCUUCACCCAGACAUGAGAACGUUGGUUUGCUCAGAGCCUGUCUCUUCAGGGUUACCAAUUUGUUGUAGUAUCUUUGUCUUCCUAUAUGAUCCACUCUUUGUGCAUUUAAACUGGUGUUCUUUAACACUGCAUUUAAGUGAUUUGGCAUUUAAUUUCUGGGGGAAAAGUGGACAGGAGGAGAAGGUGCUUAGUGGGACUCAGGACUGUUGGGACUUUGGUACUUGAAGGAGAGCAGGGUUUUGGCUGAUUUUGGCUUGCAUGGCUGAAAGUUUCAAGUCCUUGGUAAAUCCUCCUAAGUCUUGUGUGAACUUGCUCAUCCCUUGCACUGACCCUGAGACUUGGACCUGCCUGAGACUAAACCCAAGAGCAGCCCCCAUUUUUUGAGAUCAGCCUGUUCAAGAUAUUGUGUAUUUAAAACAUUGUUCUUGCAGGCAGUAAGUUUGGGGGCAGCAGUUCCUCCCUUUCAGGGCUGCUGUUCACCUGCAGUGAGUUACUGCAGAGCUGAGCACAACUGUUUGGACUGCACCAGGAGCAUGCUGGUUAAAAGCAGGGUGGGUGAAAAGUGAGGAUCCUCAUUAGCAGCAUUCUCAUGGUGGUGCCUGAAGAGCACUGUUGGGUUUCAGUGCAGUUCCAGAGGUUCCUGUGCUGGAGCACUGUGCUAUCCAUAGAUCUCUGCUCCUAGCAGAUUUGUACAGCUGCAUUUUUCCCCUUUUUAAAUAUAACUUGCAUUUUGCUCUCAGGAUUAUUUUUAAUAAAAACAGCUGUCCUCAGUCACGUGAGAAAGCAACAUGAAAGUUUGCUGAGCUCAGCCAAGCUCUGGCUGUUGCUCUCCAGAUGUGUGGAGGAAGCAAGUUCUCUAAGAGCUGCUUGCCCUGCUUUGAAUCCAGCCUAAGGACAGAUUUCUUUUCCUUGAGGGAGGGAAUACCACCAAGUGAGAGCAAUAACUUUGUGACUUUUCUACUUGCAGCCUGUUAGGAGGGAGCAGGGCAGCACCAACACAGCUUGUCUUGCUUUUCCCAGCUGGUGUGUGCAGUGGGAAUGUCCUCCAGCACAUCAUCACUUCAAAUCACAGAAUUAGUGAGUUUGGAAAAGACCUUUAGGAUUGUCAAGUCAAAUCCAUCAAGAUUUCAAAUCCCCGUUGACCUGAGUGUUAAAACAGCCCAUAGGGACCAGUGGUUUGGGUUUUCUAAUGGGAUUUUCCCAGUGGGAAGUCAGGAGUUGCUCAUUCUCUUUCAGGGCUCCCAGACUUCUGCUUUGGAGCUGUGUUGAGUCAGUGCAGAGGAGGGCAGAGCAGACAGGCUGUGUUCAAGGCCUGGAUGUGCCUCAAUGCACGGGGUCCACGUUCUGGUGUUCCCUGGAGGGCUCGUGGGCAGUGAAUCCAGCUUGGUACAGCUGUGGAUCAACAAUGAGGAUACUGGCAGGACUCAGGGCAGCUCCUCAGAAUGGUCUGGAGGGGAGAUGUGUCCUCACCAUGUGCAGGGCUGGCCUUCCUCAGGACAGAUUCUUCUGGGAUUCCUUGAGGUUUUUGGAGCCAAGGAUGACCUAUCUUUGUUAUUUUUUAACUCUCGGUGAAUGCUUGUUCUAAGGAUUUGGGUUCUUUCACAAAGCACAAUUAACUCUUGGAUCCCCUGGAGCCUUUUUCCUGCCUGACCAUGAAGGGAAACCUGCCCCAGGUUCCUGCUGCGUUGUCACAGCAGCUGGGGACAUGUGUCUGCUCCUGGAAAGCUCUAAUCCACCCUCUGCCCAGUGAAACUUCCCUUAAAUAACCUAAUAACCUUAUAACUCUUUUUUUUUUCUCUUUUUUUUUUUUUUCCUCUGUAGCUGUUGCCUCUUUGAGGGGAAAAACAAGGGAGCCAGGGUGGGUCUGCUCAGCUCUUGUGACCCUUCAGUGUUUUUGGGGGAACGUUUAUUUUGCUGAAAUCUGGAAGUGCCAACUUGUUCCUGUCCAGUGGCUAAACUUAAAUAUCUGCAUUUUAAGCCCUGAAAGCAUGUUUGGUUUAGAAGGACACUGACUUUCCAGCUACAGAAAGGGGUUUUUGGUGGGAAUAUUGGAAUUUUUAUUUAGUUUUGUUCCUAGAAGAGCAGCCCUGCAAAGCUGCAUGGAGUCUCCUGUCAGCACUAACACAAAUGAGGGAAUGAGCCCCUGCCCUUGUUUAAUCCCAUAGUUAUCCUUGGAAUCAGCAGCUCCCAGUUCCUCUCUCCACCCUGGGUUAAACAUCCCACAACUGUGCCAUGGGCAGAAUUUUAAGCAAUGGGUGGGAAAUAGUUUUUAAACCUUGGAAUGUUUAUUUCCUAAGGCCUAGCUCUUACAAUGCUUGAGAAGGGCAAAAUCCAUUUCUGGGGGAAGGAAAAGAUGUUGGAAUUUCUUUUCCCAGUUUUGCAGUCUGUGUCCUGUGAUCUGGUGGUUCUCUUUCAGGGACUGGAUUCAAGCUGUGUUGCUGGGUCCUUGUGAGGUUUUGUUUCUAAAGAGGAAACUCUACUGGUUUCUCCUGGGAAAUGCAGGAGGAGGGAGGGGAGGUGGAAAGAAUUGAGUUGGAUUGUGAUGUUAGGUAUUUUAUGGUUGGUUCUGCAGUGUGUGGUGGCACUUCUGCUGCAGAUCAGGGAAAUGACCCAGAAGACACAUCAUGUGUUGUUUACCGUGGAAUCCCAGAAUGGUUUGGGUUGGAAGGGGCCUUAAACCUAUUUCUUUCCAUCCAUUCCAUGGGCAGGGUCACCUGCCACUAGCCCAGGUUGCUCCAAGCCCUGUCCAACCUGGCCUUGGACACUUCCAGGGUUGGGGCAGCCACAGGCGUUGGAGCCAAGCAGAAAGAAAAUGAAGUUUUUUGUUCCUUCUGGAAGAGCUGUCUGCUCUGGGGAGCUGCUGUGGGCUCUCAGGUGUGAGUGCCAGGGCUGGGGGCUCAGUGCCUGGUGGAGAUAACACCAGGAUUUGCUGGGACAACAACUUGGUGGCAGCUCCAGCUGCUGUGAGUCCAGCAGCUCCCUGUGGCCCUGGCAUUGCCCCGCGGGGGCCACACGUGUGGCCUUUCCCAGGCCUGUCGGGCUGUGCCACGUUUGCUUUUGCUUGGCUUUAUAAAAGAGGAGGUGCAGGAGCUUCCUCUGCUCCUUCCCAGACUCUGCCCCCAGCACAGCCUUCGCUAUGGAUGGCUUGAAUGUCUCCAUUGCUUUUUUCUUCCUGGUUUUUGGGCUGUGCCAGGUGCUCAGGUGGCUUUCCAAGAGGCUUCUGUCCCCUGGGACGCAUGGCUGCCUUGCCAGGGAAUUUGCUGGCUCCUUCCAGCUGUGCACGAGCUGCCUGGAGCUGAGGAUGCUGAUGGACAUCGGCCCCUGGGGUGGUGGCUUUGGCCUGGACGUGCUCCUGACCCUCCUCUUCCUCCUCUCCGCUGUCCAUGGCGCCUCUUUGGACGGAGCAUCCGCCAACCCGACCGUGUCCCUGCAGGAGUUCCUGCUCCUGGAGUCCAGCCUGGCAGCCACAGCAGCCAAGCUGCUGGCCCAGGGUGGGGGUGCAGGGGCAGGCUGGGCUCUCACCCGGCUCUACUGGUCCUGGGAGCUGAGCCAGCUGCACUUCAUCCAGAGCCUGAUCGCGCCCGAGUGCAGCUCCUCCAUCCGCGCCUCCCUGCCCCACGCUGCCUUCCUGGAGGGCUCCUGCUCCUUCCUGUUCCACCUUGUUCUCCUCAAGGUGCGACAGAGUCACCCCCUGUACCGGGUCCCUGCGCUGGCAGCCACUGUCACCUUCCUGACCUAUGCAGCCGGACCGUACACGGGGGCCUUCUUCAACCCUGCCCUGGCCACAGCCACCACCUUCCACUGCUCGGGGAGCAGCUUCUGGGACUACAUCCAGGUGUACUGGCUGGGGCCCCUCGCAGGGAUGCUCGCUGCCCUCCUGCUGUUCCAGGGCAACAUCCCACGCCUCUUCCAGAAAAACCUCCUCUACAGCCAGAAGAGCAAGUACAAGGUGCCCAAGGCAAAGGUGACAGCGCAGGUGGAGGGUGACAAACCACAGAAGAAGAAGAAAGGAGGGAAGAGCAAGUCGGAGCCCCGUGCCUGAGCCCAGGGGUCCUGGCAGCCCUUUUCCUGGGAAAGGGUUUCCCGGUGUGCAGGAUUUUGCAGCUCGUUCAGUCCUUAAAGCAUCACAAAGGAAUCCUCGCGGGAUGCCCGAGCCCCUGAGCUCCUUUGGGAAUUGCUUCAAAAGCCUCCCUGGAGAGUUCGAACUGUUUCAAGCCCACACUGCUGCCUCAGAGAGAAAACACGGAACACUUUUGCAUAAAUUGCUGGUUGUCUUGUACUGCCAGGAAUUACAGAGAGCUGGGACCGUUCCACGGGCAGGCUUGAGCAACCCGGGGUUAUUGCAUCGUGCAAUGCCUGCAAUAACCCCACUGGGUCUCUUGCAGCCCUAAAAACCAAGGAUAAGCCAGUAACUGCCUUGGGCACGGCAUGGGCUUUGAUCUUUUCAGUUACGAAUGGAAACUUGUUAAAAAUUGGUGGGGUUUGAGUUAAACUUGGCCUGAAGUCCUUGAAAUGCACAGGCUGAACCUGGCAAGUCUUGGAGAGGAAUUAAAAGUGCUCCAAGGCAAGAGAAUUCACUGGCCACGGGAGAAGCUGCUUCUCUGGGGAUGUGCUUAGCCUGGGUUUGGGUGCUGUAAAGCAUCAAGAGAUGGUGUACAAAGAAAAAAAAAAGAGACCCAGGCAGCUGCUGUGCAUCCCUGGGCUCUGCUCCAUGACUAUGUGAAAUACUCCUAACCAUAAAAUUACAGUUUGUG